CUGAGGCCACGAGAAAACUGUUCAUUCUCCAGGCGCGCCUCUUCGUGGAUAUUUCUCACGGUGUUUGGAGAACCAUGACUUUCCCUGAUACCGAAGACGUUGUCCAGAGCUGCUUUGAAAUGGGUAAGCCAGAUGUCAGUGUUAACUCUGCCCUAAGGACGACCUUGAAUCAAGCCAGGGCUGAGGGUCGAAUGACGCAAGGGGCUUACGAGUGUGCCAAACUUUUAGAAUUGGACCCAGACGGCGUGAUGCUAUGUCUUUUACCAGUGGUAACGAAUCCUCAGGAUGUCACUGUCGUCAUACAACACACCCUGAUGGAGGCUUUCUGCUGGGAACACGACAUCCCUUUACUUAAGGUAUCUUCGCCUAAGAACAUGGUUGAACUGUUCCCUGAAGAAGCCAGUGGUGCAGACAAAAGCAGUUUGACGUCACGUGCAAUCAACUGUGUUCUCAUUCAGUCUCCACAGAAUGGACUCAGCGGUGCUGACAAAGCGGUCUGUGCGUUUUACAACAAGGCUUUGUCCAGCAACGUUUUGUCAUGGCCCGUCAUCAACCUUCAAAUCUGAUGGACAAGUCAAUGAAACUGUUAAAAAUCCAAAAAAACGGUUUUCGUGGAAGAAAAAAAAAUCCAUAGCGCGAAUUGUUCCAGGAAGAAACUGAUCUGCGCUGUAGAAUCCUGGGAUGUUUCGCGGGAGACACGUUGGUUACUUCGGGACAUCGUGGUGACCCAAGCUGAACUUUCGCCUCGUUUUAACCUCGACAACCUAUAACCUAGGGCAAAUUCUAGUGAAAAUAGGCGACUUCCUCGGAGAGCGGAUCCUGUUGGAAUCUGUAUACGCUUCCAGGAAGCUGAGCCCCAGAUACGGCUGCAUGGAAGUCGUUUUCCUGGUUACACGCGCAGCGAAAAGGCUUCUCGGAAGAGAAACGUUGCAUGCAGGAAGCAUGAGUGAUUUGUUGAAGCUGUUGUAUUUUCCAGAGUUGUUCAAGCCAAGAGCCCAGUGUUUGGAAUCCAGAUUACGACUUGUCUCCGGGUGACUUGGGUUACAAACACUUCAUAAGGGCAUACGCA